GGCCGCACCGCAUUCGUCAUUCACUGGCAAGAAGCAAAUCUAAGCAGCUGAGCGUGUCGUUGUCAGCGGACAAGUGCCACCAACGGAAGAGGAAUAAGACAACAGCAUUUUAGCGGCAAACAAACACUCGUAUCUACCAUACCUAUACACACAUACAUAUGUUAAGGUAACAGUGUGUGAAAUCACGCGAGUCAUUUGACGACUUCGGUGCAACGGCAAUUUUGUAAAAUCAGUUGUUCACAAGCUGUGAGCGCGUUAACAGCGAUUUAUUUAGUUUGAAAGUAAAACCAAAGUGUUUUGUAUUGAAUUUAUUAAGUGUUUUAAGUAAAAGUUUUGUAUCAAGUAAAAAGUUCCUUAAAAAUGUCUUUCACGCGUGAACAACUGGAAUCGGCGAUGAGCGAGAAGUUGUCCAAGUCGGACACCAUCAAAUUGCGGAACAAGCACAUCGGCCAAGCUUGCCAACUAUUCUACCUCGGUCAUUGCCAUCCGAAAGUGGUGCGUGCUGGCAGCCUUCAAAUGGCCACCAUCUCGACGAAUAAUCGUUUUUUACACGACGAGCUCGUGCAAUGCGCCAAAACGUUGACUAGUAAAAUGCCCGGCGAUCUGUCGGUCUGCUUCUUUGUCAACUCCGGCUCAGAAGCCAACGACUUGGCUUUGCGUUUGGCGCGCAACUACACCAAACGCCGCGAUGUGAUCACACUCGAUCACGCCUACCACGGCCACUUGACCGCCGUUAUGGAGGUCUCACCGUACAAAUUCAACCAACCUGGCGGUGAACCGAAGCCCGACUAUGUGCAUGUGGCGCACUGCCCCGACGUCUAUCGCGGCAAAUAUGUCGACAAAGAGCAUCCUGGCGAAGAUAUGGCCGAACUCUACUGUGCGCCCAUUGUGGAGAUAUGCAAGAAAUUGCAAGCGCAGGGUAAAGGUGUAGCUGCCUUCAUCGCCGAGAGUCUACAGAGCUGCGGUGGUCAAAUCAUACCACCAGCCGGUUACUUCCGUGCGGUGUACGAUGCUGUGCAUGCCGCCGGCGGUCUCACCAUCGCCGAUGAGGUGCAAGUCGGUUUCGGACGUGUUGGCACACAUUAUUGGGCCUUCGAGACGCAAGAUGUUGUGCCCGAUAUUGUAACGGUGGCCAAACCAAUGGGGAAUGGUCAUCCAGUUGGUGCUGUGGUUACCACACCAGAGAUAGCGCAUGCCUUCUACGCCACCGGUGUGGCUUACUUUAACACGUAUGGCGGAAAUCCGGUCUCUUGCGCCAUUGCUAACGCUGUAAUGCGCGUCAUCGAAGAGGAGGGUCUGCAGGAGAAUGCACGCUGUGUUGGUGAUUAUUUGCUAAAGAAAUGUCUUGAAUUCAGCAAGGAAUUCGACAUCAUUGGUGAUGUGCGUGGUGUGGGUCUCUUUGUGGGCAUUGAGUUGGUGAAAAAUCGUGAGACUCGCGAACCGGAUACCAAGUCGGCGCAUUGGGUUGUCAAUCGCAUGAAGACGCUGCAUAAGGUGCUUGUCUCCUCCGACGGACCCAAUGACAAUGUGAUUAAGCUAAAGCCGCCCAUGUGCUUCAAUCAGGAGAAUGCCGAUCAAUUCCUGCAAGCUUUCCGCGAAUGUUUGGCCAUGCUCGUAAAGGAGGGCAACGAUGCGCACUUCAUGGUCGGUGCUGAUGCCGAGCAGAAUACGAGCACGAUGUACGAGAAUCGUCAACGGCUCAUCAAGUCGUCAUAAGGUUUGACUGGCGGGUUUUUCUUUUGGAGGGAAGUGGGGUAGUCAAUUAAGAGCUUUAGUGGAGUGGAGUGUGUUUGUCUUCUGUUAUAUAGUAUAGUUAGUAUAGAUAUUUAGCCAGAUCAAUAUUGGUGCCAUUAGUUUAAGUGUAGAUUUAUGAAUAUUCAAAAUUUUUAAAAAGUUAUGUUAUAUAAUUGUAAUAAUUGGUUAUAUA